AUGCCACGAUGGAUGAGUCAUCCCGGUUGGGUGAUGGUUUCAUUCCUCACCGAACUACUAUCUCAAUCAUCGAAAGGAAUCGCUCAAUCACUGGAUAAUUGUGCAAAUGAUACGGAAAUCAUCAAUGCGUUACUCAAAGAUAGUUAUAAUAAGCACUACAUACCAUCGCAUCCAACACAUGUCCGAGUCGAUAUGUGGGUUCAAGAAGUGACAUCUGUUUCAGAACUUACACAAGACUUCGAAAUCGAUCUGUACAUCAACGAAUUCUGGGAGGAUCCUGCAUUAGUAUACGAAGAUAUGAAUCCAUGUAAACGGAAUAUCUCAUUUGAUGAUAAGGUUCUGCAGAGGUUAUGGAUACCCAACACUUGUUUUAUCAAUUCCAAAAAUGCAGCUAUUCAUGAAUCACCGUUUCGAAACGUCUUCCUAAUGGUAUUCUCAAAUGGAACACUUUGGACGAAUUAUCGAAUGAAACUAACUGGACCAUGUGAUAUGAAACUGAAGCGAUUUCCAUUUGACAAGCAGAAAUGUUAUCUCACUUUUGAGUCAUUCAAUUACAACACCGGAGAAGUGAGAAUGUCGUGGAACCAGCCAUAUCCUGUUAUUCUACUCAAAAGAAUUGAUCUACCCGAUUUCAAAUUGGUCAAUUUCAGUGUGAUUGCAGUAGAGCAGAUGUACCCUGCCGGGUGGUGGGAUGAGUUGACUGUCGCUUUUGUGUUCCAACGAAGAUACGGGUGGUAUGUUCUACAAGGAUACAUACCAACUAUGGUCACAAUUGUCAUCUCUUGGAUUUCAUUCUAUUUGGGACCGAGAGCAAUCCCCGCCCGAACAAUGCUCGGAGUCAACUCCCUCCUUGCGAUGACAUUUCAAUUCGGAAAUAUUAUUCGAAAUCUGCCACGUGUCUCUUAUGUAAAAGCAAUCGAUGUAUGGAUGUUAUCUGGAAUGUUAUUCAUCUUCCUAUCACUUCUCGAGUUGGCGGUCGUUGGAUUCAUGUCGAGGAAUGAGGGAUUGCCUCCGAAAAUCAAAAAACGAAAAAGACAAGAUGAAGAUGACGAGGGAUUCUCAUGGAAGAGUAUGCAGACAAGUCCUCAUUUAGAACUGAGACAGUUCUGGGUGGACAAACGAGUCAAUUCACUACGGAAUGACAGUGGAGUGCCUCCAGCUGAAGAUUAUGCACCAAUGGAACUCGAACAACCGUAUCAAAACAUAACAAAACGAAGAGAAAAACGGAAAUGGAUGAGUGGAUUGAGGAGAAAAUGGAGGGCAAUGAAGGAGUUACGACCCGAAACUGUUGAUUUUUAUAGUGCAAUAUUCUUCCCAACGGCGUACAUGCUUUUCAACAUUUCAUACUGGAGUUUCUAUUUGACAAGUCUUUCGGAAUAUUUCGAUGAGGAUGUGAACAUUGAACAACCAUAG